AUGGAGAGCGCACGCAGCGCCCUGCUCCUGGCCCUCGCCCUCUGCCUGGGCGCGUACCCAGCGGGCGGCCGGCCGGCGUGCGACGAGCGGCCGCAGGACUGGUGCCGCGACGCGCGGACGGCGGCGCGCUGCGGCGUGCUGGAGCGCUGCUGGCCGCGGCUCCCGGCGAAGGGCGUCCCGUGCCACUUGUGCCAGGUGGUGGUGUCCGUGAUGGGGAAGAUCCUGCAGGACAACUGCACUGAGGACAAGCUCCGCGCCUUCCUGGAGAAGGGCUGCCAGCGCCUGCCCUUCCAGGACUGGUCCACGCGCUGCAAGAAGAUGGUGGACACGGGCAUCCUGGUGCUCACGCAGCUGGGCAAGCAAGUGCUGUCGGACCCCAAGGUGGUGUGCGGUACCAUCAAGCUGUGCCAGCCGCGGCAGCGCCCCGACGGCGCCCUCACGUUCGAGGCGGAGGCGGCAGCGUCGGCGCCCGACGGGGACUUCGCGUGGCCCAACGCCCCCGCGCCGUGCCGGCGCUACGUGGCGGCGUACGCGGAGGUGGCCGCGCGCCUGCUGCAGCACGCGGAGCCGCGGGCGCUGUGCGCGCUGGCAGGGGCCUGCGCGCCGCCGCUGCCGCCGCUCGCCGAGGCCGUGCUGCGCGCGCUGCGCGCCCCCCAUGUGGGCCCGGAGGGCAGCACCGCGCUCUGCGACGUGUGCCAGGCGGCUGUGAAGGCGGCCGAGAGCCUCCUGGAGACCAACGGCACCGAGGCGCAGCUGGUCGACGACAUGGAGAAGGUGUGCGACCUGCUGCCGCGCGGCGUCGUGGGCCAGUGCCGGGACUUCGUGGACUCCUACGGCAAAGCGGUGCUCGUCAUGCUGCUGCAGGCCACCGACCCGCAGGCCGUGUGCGCCCUGCUGCGCUGCUGCCCCAAGGGCGCCGCGGGCGCGGGGCGCGGGGCGGCGGCGCUYGAGCGCCUCUCGGCCGGCGCCUUCUGCAACGUCUGCCAGAUCGUCAUCACCUACUUUGACAACGAGCUGCUCAAGAACGAGACGUUGGCCGAGCUGGGCGACGUGCUCGACCGGGGCUGCGAGCUGCUGCCGCCGCCGCUCACGGGCAAGUGCGAGGCGCUCGUCAUGCAGUACGAGCCGGCGGCCGUGCGGCUCCUCGUGCAGAUGAUGGACCCCACCUUCGUCUGCACCAAACUGCGAGCCUGCGACUCGCCCGAGGAGGAGGACGAUGACGAGGAGGAUGAAGAGCACGGGGGUUCCGACCCCUGCGCCCAGGGCCCCGAGUACUGGUGCCAGAGCGUUGCCACCGCCGCCGCCUGCGACGCCCUCGAGCAUUGCAAGCGGCACGUGUGGGGCUAG